UUUGUUGCUGUUAGUAAACAAAAUGGAAGUUUUUGGGACAUGAACUAUCAGUAUUUACAUGAAUUGAUUCUCACCAAACUUCUUCAGAAAUAGACCUUACGCACAAGAUGACAUUUGAAAUGGCAUACAACGACUCUGUAGCCACUCUUUUUACAAUAUCUUCAAGGGCUGUUGUACAUGAUUUAGAUAAACAUGGUAAUGGUAUAAAGAAUAUGUCAUCACAUAUUAAAGAUGAAUGUUUAAAGUUAAUGUCACGAAGAGGAUUAUUGACAGACAAUAAUAUAGAAUUGAUCAUACACAAUAGAAUAAGAAAAAUUGAAAUGAAUCUCUGUGAAAAUAUAAGUGAUGAAGGUUUAUUUAAACUUGGAAAAUGUCCAAACCUAGUUAAAAUUGAUAUAAAUGCACCCAAUCCAGAAAUUAGAUGUGGAAUAACUUCACAAGGCAUCAUGAAUCUUGCAAGAUCAUGUCCAUAUCUUCAAAUUGUAUUCCUGAGAAAAUGUUCCAAUGUUACUGAUGAUGGUGUGAUAGCCCUGGCUGAAAAUUGUCCAAGAUUACGCCAUUUAAACCUACGUGGAUGUACUCAGUUGACUGAUAAAUCUGUGAUAGCUAUUGGUGAACAUUUAUCAUUUAUAUCUUCUUUAAACAUUUCAAUGACUCAGGUAACAGAUGAUGGAAUUUUUAAACUAGUUAGUGGAAAUUGUAAUCAAACCAUCAAGGAAUUAGAUAUAAGCAACUGUAUAGCGUUAACUGAUGAAGCUGUGGAAGCAGUUACACAAUCUUGUUCUUUGGUAUCAAUAUUAAUAUUCCAUGGCUGUCCUAAAAUGACAGAACAAGCGAGGCUGGCUUUAGAAGAUAAAGAAGGACCACAGAUGAAACAUGUGACAUGGACAAUUUAUUAAAUUCUCUAAGGACAAAUAUUUAAUGAACAUAAUGUUGUUUUAGGCGUGCUUUUGUUAUGUUAUUUUGAAAACAACUGAUCUGAAUUUUUUUGAUAUUGUUUAUUCUUAUAGUUCUAGAUAAUAUUGAGUUUCUGAAAAUAACCAUGAAUUUGUAA